AUGGUCAGCUCAAAGAAUAUCAUUUCGCUCCUGAUAGCCUGCAUUGCCCAGACAUCAACAGCCGGUGGCCCUUCCGAUCAAUGCAUCUUCACUGGAGGUCUCGUCGGGCUUCCAAAUUCCAGAUGCGCAGGUAGCGAUGGCAAGGAACACUCCGACAUCCUUUCCUGUCCCUCGCAGCCAGGUGCCGUUGACAUCAUCUGCCCACGCGUGCUUUCCAAUGGAUUAUCGCCUCCGGAGGAAUGCAAGGGUCUCAUCGGAUCGGGAUCGUACUGCGACUCCUGGAACUCGGAUCGGGGUGGCGGGAAGGAAGAUGUGCAGUGGUGGUGCUACUGUAUCAAUGGGAACUUCUGCUGUGGUCAGAAUGCUGAGGUCGCUGGAGGUCAGGAUGUCGUUGAUUACUUCAACGAUGUCGGAUGCAAUUGUGAUGGUUGA